AUCCCGACGGCAAAGUCCGCCACGCUAGGAAGCCGGCGUCCGGAAUCUCUUUUGGCAGUGGGUCUUGGCGGCGUGGGGGCGGCGGGGGUAUGAGGCAGAAGCACUACCUUGAGGCUGCGGCGUGGAAGCUGCGAGACAGCUGCCCGGGCCAGGCCCGCUAUCUCCUCUGGGCCUACACUUCGUCACACGAUGAUAAAAGUGCUUUUGAAGGAACAUGUCCAUACUGUUUCCAGUUGCUGGUUCUGGAUAACUCUCGAGUGCGCCUCAAACCCAAGCCCAAACUGACACCCAGAAUACAGAAACUUCUUAAUCGAGAAGCAAGAAAUUAUACACUCAGUUUUAAAGAAGCAAAAAUUGUGAAAAAGUACAAAGACUCCAAAAGUGUACUGUUGAUUACUUGUAAAACAUGCAACAGAACAGUGAAACAUCAUGGUAAAAGCAGAAGCUUUCUGUCAGCACUGAAGAGCAGUCCUACCACUCCUACAAGUAAACUCAGCCUGAAGACACCAGAGAGAAAGACUCUAAGUUCUGCACACCUAAAUCAUGAUAUGUCUGGUUCCAAAGACAAGAGCCCAGCAUUGAUUUUCAGAACACCUACAUCUGGACAGUCAACACCCACUUGCUCCUCAAGAAAUGUGAGCAAAACAAAGAAACACUUCUCUCAACUAAAAAUGUUGCUUAGUCAGAGUGAAUCCCAGAAGAAUCCAAAGGUGGACUUCAGAAGUUUCUUAUCUUCUUUAUAAAACAUGGACUGUGAAAAUAAAAAAUGUUUUAUGCAGUUUCUGAAACUAAAGUUACUCAGAAAAAAACAGCUUUUUUUAAAACUUUUAUUUAUUCUUUAAAUACAUGGAAACUAGGGUCCAGGAGCAAACUUGUCUUGGCAUUCUUCAGUGUUUAGGGAGAAAAUAUCUCAUUAGAAUGAAUAACUGAAACCUGCCUAUCUCACAGGGUAGUUAUGAGGAUCAAAAAUACAUGAAAUGUCCUUGUAAAUAGUAAAGAUAUAUAUGGAUAUUAAGUGGUUAUAUUAUUAUUUUCUCUUCCCUUAAUUAGCAGUUUUCAUUAUGUCAUUUUAUUUCAUAAGGAAAUUGAGACCUUUAUGAGAAAAUCUACUCACUCCUUUCCAGGUGUCUAUACCCUUAUUGCUAAUUCAGAAAAAGGAUCACGUAUGUGUGUCCUAGUUUUCCCACACUCAUCUGUGUUAACUAUAUAUUAGUAAAAUCUUAACAUUACUCCUAUUUUGCAUGCAGAAGUAAAUAUAUGGGCCAUUCUUGACUGUAGAUGAUUUAAUCAGAUACCGAAAUUUUCAUUUUUGCAACUUUCUAUAGUAGUACUUCACCAGAAGUGGCAUUUCAUUUUCUCUGGUGAAGACUUAUUUCUAGGUCUCAAAUUUAUACCAGAACAUAACAAAGUAACAGUUUAGCUACUUUAACUCUUUUCUGGAACACAGAUAUACUUUUUUAAAAUGAUAGGCUAGGAUUUUAUUCAACCUUUUUUUUU